GAAUAGGUGUAUAAAAUGUAUGAAGAGGGAGAAGGAAAAUAAUAAAAAAAAUAAAGAAGGGGGGGCACACUGAAAAAGCAGUUUCCCGAAUUAGUAAGUAAUGACCGGAAAACCAGUGUGAGAAAUACUGAAAACCGCCUUGUGUUGUAAGGUGUAACCAUUAAUACAACGUUGGUAGUAAGUAGUAAGUAGUAACACACAACACCAACACCAACACCAACACCAACACCCUUGUAAGUGGUAGCCAUGAACGAACAAUACUUAUAGUUAUAGCUUUAGAAACACAAAGACAGAGAGAGUCAUGGCGUACCACAACCCCCAAGACCUUCCACUUCACCAUUUCACAGAGCAAGACACCUCCUUGCUCUCCGACCCUAACUCCAAACCUCCCUCCGAUCCUCACCACCCUGCGCCCAAUUGGCUCAACAACGCCCUUCUCCGCACGCACUACACCCACAACAACAAUAACAACUCCGACACCAACGUCGACGCCUCCAACAACGCCACCAACUUCCUCAACCUCCACAGUGCAGACUCCGCCCAAUGGCUCCACCGCAACCAGAGCGAGGUCAUCGACGACGUCUCCGGCGCCGUCGAGUUGAAGGGAGAGGCGGUCGAGUGGCAGAAUGCCAGGCACAAGGCCGAGAUUCUAGCGCACCCUCUCUACGAACAGCUUCUCUCUGCACACGUGGCGUGCUUACGGAUCGCCACGCCUGUUGACCAGUUGCCAAGGAUCGACGCUCAGCUCGCUCAGUCCCAGAAUGUUGUCGCCAAGUACUCUGCCUUUCGACAGCCCAUCGUUGGAGACGAUAAGGAACUCGAUCACUUCUUGUCGCACUAUGUUUUGUUGCUGUGUUCUUUCAAAGAACAACUCCAACAGCAUGUCCGGGUUCAUGCAAUGGAAGCAGUAAUGGCGUGUUGGGAGAUCGAGCAAUCCUUACAAAGUCUAACAGGAGUUUCACCCGGGGAAGGUACGGGAGCAACAAUGUCUGAUGAUGAAGAUGAUCAAGUAGACAGUGAUGCUAAUCCGUUUGAUGGUGGUUUGGAUGGUCCUGAUAGCAUGGGAUUCGGUCCUCUGGUUCCCACAGAGAACGAGAGGUCCCUCAUGGAACGUGUAAGGCACGAGUUAAAGCACGAAUUGAAACAGGGUUAUAAAGAGAAAAUUGUGGACAUAAGAGAGGAAAUUUUACGCAAGAGACGAGCUGGGAAACUUCCCGGUGACACCACCUCUGUCCUUAAAGCUUGGUGGCAAUCACAUUCCAAGUGGCCUUACCCUACGGAGGAGGAUAAGGCACGGUUGGUGCAGGAAACUGGUUUGCAGUUAAAGCAGAUCAAUAAUUGGUUCAUCAAUCAAAGGAAGAGGAAUUGGCAUAGCAAUCCUUCAACUUCUACUGUCUUGAAGAGCAAGCGCAAAAGAAGGAAUGCAGGUGAUAAUGGUGCUGAUAAUAACACGUAAAUGGAGGAAAGCUCGAGAACCAAUCCCUCCCUGUCGUCUGUUACUUCGUUCUCUGCGGUCAACCAUGGUGCAUGGCAAGAGAUUCAAGUAAAGUCAACGAGGAAAACAAAAAAAAAAAUCACUUUUUGCUUCUGCUCAAGGAACAGGCUUAACACAGAAGAGGACCUUUAAAAGCCUGGAGUAGCGGCAUCAAAAUUAGGGAGUUCGAUUAGGAAUUAUAUACCCAUAUCAAAUUAGGUAACUCCAUGGGAGCAUGAUUUAUAGUCUCAUAUGUUAUUGUUUGUGAAAUAUAUAUAAUAGUGAGGGUUUUGGGUGUAUAGUAAUAAUCUGAGCAUUUUUCCUUCAAUCAUGCUAAUUUUGUUUUUUGUUAUUCUUAAAUUGGGUGUUGAUCA